AUUAAGCUGAACUUUUGUUUUCAACAUAAAGUGUAUUUUCAUGUUUAAUUGAACUCUAAAGAGUUUUAAAAUCUUUGAUUUACGCAUAUAUAUACAGAUGUUGAUACCAAAGAGAAUGCAGUUACCACAGAUACUGAUAUACAGCAUAUUGCUGAUUGUACUAGCACAUGGGAAUGAUAUAACAACAGAGCCUGGUCACCUUAAACCGUUCGGUGAAGGUCGGCCCAGUCAUCCUGUCAAACAGAUAGACUAUUUCCCAACUGCUAAAGAAUUCUUUGAAAAUUAUGUACAAGCCUCAAAACCUGUGAUAAUGAAAGGUGUAGCAAAGAUGUCCCCUGCCUUUGAUAAAUGGACAGAUGAUUAUUUUCUUGCUCAAGAUGAGCCUAGUGGUAACACAGUUUCCGUUGAAACUAGGAAGAAAGAAAGCAGACAACAGAGAAUGGACUCCAUGUCUUUCAAAGAUUUUGUGAAAAUAUAUAAUAACACAGAGCACUAUAUGGUAGAUGCUGUACCAAAGUUUUUAAGACAGGAUGUUAUGAUACCGUGUCCCCUGCAGUGUGAGCAACUUGUAUAUGGUGAAUUUGUAGACAAUGUAAUGUGGUACAGUAGUGGAGGAACAAAGUCUGUUGUACAUACAGACUCUGUAGAGAACAUAAACUGUUUAUAUAGAGGGGAGAAAACUCUAAUCUUUGUAGAUCCUGAAAAAUAUGGAGACAAGGUUGACCUUGAUAGAGUUGAAGGUUCAUACUCUUCUAUGGAUGUUGACAGUGUUGAUUACACAAAGUUCCCUGGCAUGGCAGAGGUAGAGUUUUAUCAUGUGGACAUUGCAGCAGGAGACUGUUUAUAUAUUCCCUACCAUUGGAUUCAUCAAGUGAGGUCAUAUGGGAGUAAUUUAGCUGUGAAUAUAUGGUGGAAACAUCACUUGUCACAGGAUCUUGACUUUAAUAGCUGCACAGACCCCUGUGAACCUGGCAUGACUUUAAAAGAGGCUGAUUUUAAAGGUUUCGGUGAUCUUACAGCUGACCCUGAAGAAAUCAGGGAACACCUUAAAAAGCUUCUUGGAAAUACUGGAGAGACUGAUAUAACAAGACUUACUCAGAAUUUGUUAGGGCCUGAGAUGAAAAGUGUGAUAGAGGAGAAUGAGGAGUUGUCUGAAGAUUUAGAUGAUAUAUUUUCUCUACUAGAUGCUAAUAAAGAUGCUAUAGUUACAAAAGCUGAAUUAGAUUCUGCAACUAAAGAGGUGUUGUUGGAUAUAGGACAUAUAUUUCAAGCUAUAGAAGAAGAUCUUGAGAAGAUCUAUGGUGACGGUGAUGAGAAUUACGAUGAAGAUGAGGAACGUGAUGAUGAUCAUGAUGAUGAUGAUAAAGAUGAACAUGAUGAACUAUGAAGGAAUUUCUGUCAGACAUCAAAUCACUUUUCCAUUAUGAUAUUAACACUACUUGUUUUCAGUUUAGAAGACAAUUUCAAAAUUUACAUUGUUUAUUGAUAAUAUUCAUCUGGCUAUCCAGAUCAGACAUUAGUAUCACCUUAGACUCAUCUACAAUCUAAAAUCUUUGGCCAAUAUGGUUAAGUUCGUUGGCUUCAAAUCACUUUCCUCUCACCACUGUACUGAACGUUGGUGGUUCUACUCAGGGCACCUUUUGUGCCUUCUACUCAGGGCACCUUUUGUUGUGCCUUCUACUCAGGGCACCUUUUGUGCCAGAAAUAAUGUACAGAGGAGCACCUGAGGUCUUCCUUAACCAGUAAAGCUGGAAAGUUGCCAUAUGACCUAUGCUGUGUUGGAGCGACAUAAAACCCAACCAAAAAAAAAGGACCUAAAAUUCGUGCUUUGAUUUAUUUGUAAGUAGGAUUAUUCAACAUGCACAUCUUGCUAAUAAUUUUUACAUUUUUUACAUCAACAAUGCCAUCAGAUCUUUUCCCGAAUGACACUUUUGGGGACUUCAAGAUAAAAUAUUUUUAUGAAACUCAAAGUGUUUUUAAUGACAGUUCUGUUUUGAAUAAUCAUUUACGAAUACUUUCAAAUUGGUAAAAAAAAUUAAUUUAUACAGUUUGAAGAUAAAGGUGUGCAGUUUUUCAUUUGGAAAUGAACAGAGUUUUAUACCUUGUAAAAAUUAAUACAUGUAGUAUAUUUUAGGGAUGCCUCGAUUUAAUUUUUUUUUUAUUUGCAAUCGUUCAGUUUUGUUUUAUUUAAAUUAUUUUAUUUAAAGAUAUAUUUAUAUAUUGGGAGUGGGGGGGGGGGAGGUUGUAGAGGGUACUGGUAAUACUAGGUUCUGACCUGGUCCUAUAUAAUCUAUACUUGACAGGUACAUAGAGAAAAAGUUAAAGAAAACUGAUAUUUUUUUUCAAAAAGCAUCUUGAGAUGCAUUUGUACCAUUCGAUACAAUUUUUGGGGCCCUUUUUCAUGAUUCUUUGGAAAACAACUCUUUCUUUGUAUGACAGAUAACUAACAGAAUGUUAUGAUAAUUAAUUGUAUAUUUCUUUAAAGAAAAUGAGCUAGUUAGGGCAUACUCAUGAUAUGCAUGUCAGAUACAGAAAUUUUGAAUACUAUAUAUAUGAUGGACAUAAUAUAUAUUUAUUUAUUAUAUGAUUUUUAAACAGAUUGGCAGAGCUUUUUCUAUAGCUUAAUAUACAUAUAUUGCAAUCCAGGGCUUUCUGGUAGUUGGGUGGAAGAUAAUUUGAUAGCUUUGUGUCUUACUGAAAGUCUUGGUAUUUAUUCUGUUCUUGAUAUAUAUAAAAAAUGUUGUUUUUUUAUGUAAAAUAUGUACAUUUUUUCUUUUUUGUAUUUUUUUUAAAUUGGCUAAUUCUAGGCUUGACUUUUUUCCAAGAAAAAAUUUGAGGUAUGACAAAUCCUACACUUAAACUCUGUUGAAAGAUUCACCAGGUUUUAAUGUUUUUUUAGACCAUAUUACAUAUUUGUGACAAAGUGAUAAAUAAUAUAUAUUGGCAUUUAUUGCACUCAGUUGAAACAUAACAUUUAAUCAAUAAACUAUGAUAGCUUUGCUACUUAAAUAUAUUUUUUUUGAGUCACACCAUUUUUCAGGUUAGAAAUUGAAGUUAAAGAUUUUUACAAA